AUCGGCGCUCCGUUGGCCAUCCUGCGCUGGGCUAGCCGUUUGCUUGCUAGCCGCUAGCGACUCAGGGGCCAUUGGGCGUCGGGCAGCUCGUCAAACUGUGGACUCCAACCGACGCGAACAUCGCCCAUUUGGCCCACUCACGUGUUGUCCGUUAAUGGAGGCGGACGCCGAUGUUGAGCACAAGACGAGUGAAAAUUAAUUUGGAUUCACAGCGGACACCUUUUGCGUUUCAGCCGACGCUAGCUCCCAAGCUAACAUUAGCAGCCCUUAAAGAUGAAGAAAGUCUAAGUCGCCGGCCCGGACGAGGUGCACGCGACCCGAGGGCGAGAUGGCGUCGGGUCCCAGGAACUCUGUGCGCCUCCUGUCCAGGCGGGAGCGCGGCUGGCAGACGUGCGGCUCGCAGCGCCUCCUGCACUUGCUGGUGGAGGAGAAGGUGCGCUCCAUGAAGUGGCAGAGUCAGAAAGUGGAGCUGCCCGACAGCCCCAGAUCCACCUUCCUUUUGGCCUUCAGCCCUGACCGGACCCUCAUGGCCUCCACGCACGUCAACCACAACAUCUACAUCACGGAAGUCAAGACCGGGAAGUGCCUCCAUUCCCUGGUGGGCCACCGUAGAACGCCCUGGUGUGUGACCUUUCACCCCACCAUUUCUGGCCUGGUAGCCUCUGGGUGCCUUGAUGGUGAAGUUCGCAUCUGGGACUUGCACGGCGGCAGUGAGAGUUGGGUCACCGACAGCAACUUGGCCAUCGCGUCGCUGGCCUUCCACCCGACCGCUCAGCUCCUCCUCAUCGCCACCAACAACGAGCUGCACUUUUGGGACUGGAGCCGACCGGAACCCUUCGCCGCCGUCAAGACGGGCAGCGACGCCGAGCGAGUGCGGUUGGUGAGGUUCGACCCGCUGGGUCACAACCUUUUGACGGCCAUCGUGAAUCCGUCAUCCAAUCAGCAGAGCGAGGACGACCCGGAAGUCCCCAUGGACAGCGUGGAGCUGCCUCACCCUCACUUCCGUCAGCGAUCCUUCUUGCCGCAGCCCGUUCGCCGCACGCCCAUCCUGCACAACUUCCUGCACAUCCUGUCGUCCCGCUCUCCCGCCGCGCAAAGCGCAGGGGAGCAGGCGCGUCCCCUCGCCGACACGGCGGAAACCCCCGCGGCCCCCCUGGGCCACUUCGUCAACACGGAGCGCGGCCUGUCCUUCGUGGGCUGCACGCGUUUCCUGGGCAUGGCGUGCAUGUGCACCCACUGCUCAGCCAACCGUGGGCCGUCCCUGCCGGGCGCCGCCUCCGCCGGGGCGCCUCCCGAGCCCCCGCACGUGCCGGCGCCCCGCGCCGAGCCCCGCCAGCCCCCGGACCCCCGUCCCUCGGCCUUCACGUCGCUCUACUACGGCAACGGCGCCGAGUCCAACCCGGCCUCCGAUUCGGGACCCGACUGGACGCGGAGCCUGCUGAGCAUGAGGGAGGGCGGCGCGGGUCCCGACGUGCUGCCGCCGAGGACCUCGUCUUCGUCCUCGCUCAGCCUCCUGGCGGUCUUGCGCCAGCAGGACGGCUCCUCGCAGUCUCCGGUGUACACCUCGGCCACCGACGGCCGGGGCUUCCCUCAGCAAGGGGAGGGGUCCGGCACCAGCAGCGGACACCACCCUUUCUGGGACGGCUCCCGCGGCAACCCCUCGUCCUUCCGGAACGUGCUGCAGUGCAACCUGAGCCGCUACUUCCAGGAGUUUGAGCGCAUGCAGGACCUGGAGACUCCGCAAGGGGUCGGCCCAAGCGGCCAGGAACACAACCAAGAGCUGCUGAAUAACAACGUGGACUCGGACCGAGUCGGACCUUCCUUGUCCUCGCCUCCCGCCCCGACAAUCAUUCAUUACCAGCCUCCGUCCCCGCCGUCGGCCCCCCAGCCCCCGGACCCCGGCGCCCCCUCCGGGGCCCCUCGGGGGCACCUGAACCGCUGCCGCGCGUGUCACAACCUGCUGACCUUCAAUCACGAUUCUCAACGCUGGGAGCGCACCAGCCAGACGUCGUCCACCGCCGCCGCCGCCGCCGCCGCCUCCUCCACCUCUCUGGUGCCGGACGGCCAAGUCCAGACUUCCAGGGCGUCUCUGGAGAGCGAUCAGCGACCCGUGACCGUCUCGCGGGAGGCGGCCUUCCCUCUGGUGUCGUCCGCCGCCCAGCACGGCGACCAAACGGUGGGUUUGGUGUACAACCAGGAAACGGCCCAGUGGGAGAGGGUAUACCGCCAAUCCGCUGCGACCCGGGCCCCCGAGCCCCCCGAGGCCUUAAACCAGGAAAUGCCUGUGGACCCUGCGCCUGUGGACGACGACUACCUCAGAAGGAGGCUUCUGGAGUCUUCUGUCAUGUCUUUGUCUCGUUCCGAUGUGACCGGAUCUCGGGACCAUCCCAUCUACCCGGACCCGGCCAGGCUGUCUCCCGCCGCGUACUACGCCCAGAGGAUGAUCCAGUACUUGUCCAGACGGGACAGCAUUCGCCAACGAUCUCCCCGCUACCAGCAGAACCGCCUGCGGGCCAUGUCUUCGUCUUCUGACGGGCCGGCCGGACAUGCCUCCAGCUCCGUGGACAACACCGAGGUGGACUUCGAUGAGCUGGACGAUAACAGCGAGCGAGCCCGGCACAGGGCGCCCCGAAACGCAAGGAUGUCGGCGCCGUCAUUGGGUCGCUUUGUGCCGCGGCGCUUCCAUCUUCCCGAGUACCUGCCCUACGCCGGAAUCUUCCACCACGAGAGGGGCCAGUCGGGCGUGGCCACGCACUCGUCGGUCAACAGGAUGCUGGCGGGCGCGUCCAUCGGCGACGGCCAGUCGGCGGUGGCGAGCAACAUCGCUAACACGACUUACCGCCUGCAGUGGUGGGACUUCACCAAGUUUGACCUGCCCGAGAUCAGCAACGCCUCCAUCAACGUGCUGGUGCCAAACUGUAAGAUCUACAACGACGCCAGCUGCGACAUCUCGGCCGACGGGCAGCUGCUGGCCGUCUUCGUUCCCAGCAGUCAGCGCGGUUUUCCCGACGAGGGCAUCCUGGCCAUCUUUUCGCUGGCGGCCCACAACCUCGGAGAGAUGCUCUACACCAAAAGAUUCGGUCCAAAUGCCAUUUCGGUUAGCUUGUCGCCACUGGGCUGCUACGUGAUGGUGGGCCUGGCCUCUCGCAGGAUUCUGCUGCACCCCACCACUGACCACAUGGUAGCGCAAGUCUUCCGGCUGCAACAGCCUCACGGAGGAGAGACGUCCAUCAGGAUGGUCUUCAACGUGGUUUACCCCAUGGCGCCGGACCAGCGGCGCCACGUCAGCAUCAACUCUGCUCGCUGGCUCCCCGAUCCCGGGAUGGGUCUGGCGUACGGAACCAACAAGGGGGACCUGGUCAUCUGUCGCCCCGUGUUCUACCGCAGCGAUGGUGAAAGUCCAGUCGAGUCGGGCACAGAACCUUUGUUUUCAGUCAACAACGGCGGCAGCCGCACCCGUGGCUCCGACCGACCCGGGCCCAGUCGCUCGGGAUGGAGGCUGGACCGGGACAUGGGCCUGAUGAACGCCAUUGGUCUCCAGCCCAGAAACCCCGCCCCUUCCGUCACGUCACAAGGAACGCAGACUCCGGCGGUCCAGCUGCAGAACGCCGAGACCCAAACGGAGCUUUGCGAGCCCGGCACCUCCUGUCCGCCGGCCGCCCCGCCGACGCCAGCCACCCGCCUUGAGACUCAGGACUCCGGAGGUUCGGACGCCGGCCGCGGCCGGGCCUCGGCGGAGCUCACGGCCAACGCAGACGAGGUUGCGGAGGGGGGAGGUUCCGGUGAAGACGCCUUGGCCCGGAUCAGGCGCCUGAUCGCGGAGGGCGGCAUGACUGCCGUGGUGCAGCGCGAGCAGAGCACCACGAUGGCGUCGAUGGGCGGCUUCGGCAACAACAUCAUCGUCAGCCAUCGGAUCCACCGCGGCUCGCAGACCGGCGCCAGGAGCGGCAGGACAGCCGGCGCCGCCGGCGCCUCGGGAUCGGUGCUCGUCGGCCAGGACCGCCCGCCGGCCCCCUCGUGGGGCGCGGACGACAUUUUUGGUAGUGAGCGGACGGAUGAGGACUCCCCGCCAGACCCCUCCUCCCCCGCCCCUCACAACACUUUCCACAACGACCCGUAUAGCAGGUAGUGAGCAGCGCCUCGCCCGGAUGACCCAGAGUGCCCUCGACCCCCCCCCCCCCCCCACCACCUUCAAACCUUCGGCCCCAUCCCGCCAACAUUCCUGCCCCAAAGGGCUCCAGCAGAACACGUGGCAGCCGGCGCCACCUUUUGGACUGUCGCUCGCUGGCGUCCCCGAGCGGCGGCUUCCUCUGCUGGCGCUCGUGCGUUUUGUACCACAUGACCUCUGACGACCCCGCCGUCAAUCAUUUGUAAUGACCGAAGCUCCUCCCAUUGUCGGAGUGGAUGUGUGCGCGCGUGACGCGGCCGCUCGCGCGCUUAAUUUAUUGGAGACAAACAGGAAGCAGCAAUUUUUCUCGAGACCGCUCGCAAGGCGGCGGAAAAGAUUCUCCCCGUCGGGGAUGUCGAGCUCGCGGUAGGUUACCGUGCCGACCGGAGUCACUCCAUUCCUUACCGGGGACUUGAGUGUAAGCCACGCCCCCUUGGACUCCUUCAAAAUAAAACUUGAAUCGUUUCCUGUCGACCGUACAGGCGCCGCGUUUAUGCUUCCUCUUCUUUGUGUGCGUGCGUGAGGUGGCGGCGCGAACGUCGGGUCACGCUUGGUGUUUCCAUGGUGACCUGGGGAAGCUCCUCCUAGCGCAACUUGAUUGGUCAACACUGAACUGAACGCCGGAGUCACGGCGCCGGUCCCGGUCGUCAUUCUUUAGUCGGACUUUUAAAUGUCUUCUCGUGAAAGAACUUCGAGACUCCCAACUGCUGCUUUACUUUGUUUUUUAACAUUUCAGUUUUGGCUUUUUUUUUUUUUUUUUUGACUGGUGUACUAAAUGCUGUACAGUCGAUGGUUGGAUUGAAUGACGGGUGCAUUUAAUACAUUGACUGGCUGCGUGACAAGACCUUUUUUAUUCGUUUGUUCGAAGACUGGUCAGAGGCGACGCUGCUCCGUUGUGGAAAAUGUCAAACGCAUCCGCCGCCCGGCUCCUUCUGGUCACCGCGACGACCGUGGCUCUGAGCGGCAUCACCGUCUCGGGCAACUUGCUGGUCCUCUUGUCCGUCGCGGUCAACCGCCGCCUGCGCACCGUC